AAUAUUUUUACUUUUUCUUCAAGUUGGUUUAAUGGUUGGGCAAGAUGUUCAAUUCAUUGAUGAUGAUGCCCCUCAAACGGAGUGCAUGACUGUGUCGGGACCUAAGUCCGGUCUGCCUUGUCAACUACCGUUCAGGUUCCAGGGGAAACUUAGAACAGCUUGUUUAAAAGAAGAGGACCAAGAGGACAGGUUUUGGUGCAGUACACUCGUUGAUGAUGAACGAAACCAUGUCCCAAACCAGGAGAACUGGGGAUACUGUUCAGAAUCCUGUCCAAUUGAUUCUACAGGAACUGAAGUUCCUAAUCCUGAAGGAAGAAAUUUUGAGUUUACUAACGAUAUUGAGGGCUCACCCUGUACAACACUCACAGGAGAGCUAGGUGUUUGUCAUUUACCUUCUAGCUGUGUUGGAGUAACUAUCAGUUUCCUGGAGACAAAUGAAUGUGUCUUGAAAGACUCAACAACAGGUGUUUGUUGUUUGGAUAUCACUGAGAAUAAUAUUGUGGAUAUUGUGGAUACAGCUGCAGAUGUGGUGGAUAUUCCUGAAAUUAGUGUUGAAGAGGCGGAUGAUUUUCUUAGAUCUGGAUUUUUUGAAGUUAAUGAUGAUGAUGUAGAGGAGAACGUUCUCGCAGCUGAUGGGGUCAAUUUCGGGUUCGAGGAUAGUCCAGCCGAGGAUCCCGAGGAUACUGGACCUACAGAGUUCCAUCUUAGAUUCAAUACACCUAGAAAGGAUAUUAUAUCUGUGGAUAAGGAUGCCCAGGUUCUCCUCGAGGCAACUAAACUAAUUCAAGAAUCCAACAAUCUAACAGAUGAACAGUUAAAUGAAAUACACAAAAUAUUGCAAGUUUACAGAACAUUUGAUGGAACCUGUAAUAGCCUAAAGGAACCUAAUUUUGGAAGAACUGGGACUCCUUUUCAAAGGAUUUUGCUGCCUGAAUAUGCACAGGGAACAGUGGAUAUCCCUAGGAAGAGAGCUAACAGCAACUUUGAACUUCCUUCUGCGAGAGAAGUGAGUAACGGUCUAGCUGGUGUUUCAAACCAGAUGGAUUCUGAUAACACAGUUCUUGUUAUGCAGAUGGGUCAGUUUAUAGAUCAUGAUAUAACACAUACUCCCAACCAUGGGAUACAGUGCUGUGCCAACAAUGGACAAUUCCCUUCAUCCUUCGAUCCCACUAAAUGCUUCCCUAUCAGGUAAAAAAAAACGAAAAAAACGAAAAAAA